AUGGACUCUAUGCGAAUGCCCUCUGAGGUUCUCGCCCAAAAAUCUCACAAAUGGGUCCAGAUGCAAAACAAACGUUAUGGGGAGAAGCGUAAAGCUGGGUUUAUCGACACCGGCAAGCAGGAUCUUCCCCCGGAGCACGUACGAAAAAUCAUCAAGGAUCAUGGCGACAUGAGCAACCGAAAAUUCCGCAACGACAAGCGUGUCCAUCUUGGCGCGCUCAAAUACGUGCCACAUGCCGUUCUCAAGCUUUUGGAAAACAUUCCGUGCCCUUGGGAGCAAGUCCGCGAAGUGCCAGUGUUGUACCACAUCACUGGUGCUAUUACAUUCGUGAACCAGGUCCCCAGAGUCAUCGAACCUGUCUACCAUGCUCAGUGGGCAUCUAUGUGGCUUGCUAUGCGUCGAGAAAAGCGUGAUCGCCGUCAUUUCAAGCGUAUGCGAUUCCCUCCAUUUGACGACGAAGAACCCCCACUCGAUUAUGGUGACAACAUUCUCGACGUCGACCCGCUCGAAGCAAUUCAACUCGACCUCGACGAAGCGGAAGACAGCCCAAUCUUUGAGUGGUUCUAUGACCACCGGCCACUUGUCGAUACUCCUGCCGUUUCGGGCGAAGCAUAUAAAUUUUGGUCUCUCGAUCUGCCUGUAAUGGCCAACUUGUACCGACUUGGCCGAACCCUCCUUUCCGACCACACCGACUCCAACGCAUCUUAUCUUUUCGACAAAAAAUCGUUCUUUACUGCAAAAGCUUUGAACAUGGCCAUCCCUGGUGGGCCCAAAUUCGAGCCACUUUAUCGCGAUAUGGAAUCUUUUGACGAAGACUGGAAUGAUGGCAUUCCCUCACCUCUACAACUCUCCCCCCGUUCCGUUCAUAUUGCACCCUAUCAUGUCCCCAAAAACGUCUACAUUCGUACAGACGACCCCGAUCUUCCUGCCUUCUAUUUCGAUCCUCUCGUUAACCCUGUAUCUUCACGUGCCGUCGCGCCUAAGAACGCGCCUCUUAUUGCUCACGAGGACGAUAUAUUCGGACCCAACGGCGCGGAUGAUGACGAUUUCGAACUACCAGACGAGGUCGAGCCGUUCCUUACUGAAUCUUCUUUGGAGAACGACUACACAGCCGACGCAAUUGCGUUGUGGUGGGCACCCGCGCCUUACAACACUCGCUCUGGGCGAACACGGCGAGCCCAAGACGUUCCGCUGGUCAAGAAUUGGUACCUGGAACACUGCCCACCUGGCCAGGUUACCAAAGUUCGCGUGUCGUAUCAAAAGUUGCUCAAGUGCUAUGUCCUUAAUGAGCUCAAACAUCGACCGCCAAAGGCUAUGACCAAGAAGUCACUUUUCCGCCAACUCAAGGCAACGAAGUUCUUCCAGACAACGAAGUUGGAUUGGGUUGAGGCCGGUUUGCAGGUUUGCCGACAGGGAUACAACAUGUUGAACCUGUUGAUUCACCGUAAGAAUUUGAACUAUCUGCAUCUGGAUUACAACAUGAACUUGAAGCCCGUCAAAACCCUGACUACCAAAGAGCGCAAGAAGUCUCGCUUCGGAAAUGCAUUCCAUUUAUGUCGUGAAAUUCUCCGCCUUACAAAACUUGUGGUCGAUGCACAUGUGCAGUUCCGUCUCGGCAACGUCGAUGCUUUCCAGCUUGCCGACGCACUCCAGUACAUCUUUGCACAUGUUGGUGCCCUGACUGGCAUGUAUCGUUACAAGUAUAAGUUGAUGCGUCAAGUCCGUAUGUGCAAGGAUCUGAAGCACUUGAUUUAUUACCGCUUCAACACCGGCCCUGUUGGAAAAGGACCUGGCUGUGGUUUCUGGGCACCCGGGUGGCGAGUCUGGCUAUUCUUUAUGCGCGGUAUCGUUCCUCUCCUGGAGCGAUGGCUCGGCAACCUCCUUGCCCGCCAAUUCGAAGGUCGUAACUCCAAGGGUAUUGCGAAGACAGUAACCAAGCAACGCGUCGAAUCUCACUUUGAUCUCGAACUCCGUGCUGCCGUCAUGCAUGAUAUUCUCGAUAUGAUGCCCGAGUCGAUCAAACAGAACAAGGCCAAGACGAUCCUCCAGCAUUUGAGUGAGGCGUGGCGUUGCUGGAAAGCAAACAUUCCUUGGAAGGUACCUGGGAUGCCCACAGCGAUUGAAAACAUCAUCUUGCGUUAUAUCAAGUCCAAGGCAGAUUGGUGGUGCUCCGUUGCUCACUACAACCGCGAGCGUAUCCGUCGUGGCGCUACCGUCGACAAAGCAGUUGUGAAGAAGAACUUGGGCCGUUUGACGCGUCUCUACUUGAAGGCCGAGCAGGAGCGCCAGCACGGAUAUCUCAAGGACGGUCCCUAUAUCAGCUCUGAGGAAGCGGUGGCGAUUUAUACUGCAACCGUGCACUGGCUGGAAAGCCGCAAAUUUGCGCCAAUUCCGUUCCCACCUUUGAGCUACAAGCAUGACACCAAGCUCCUCGUUCUCGCUCUUGAAAAGUUGAAGGAGGCAUAUAGCGUAAAAGGAAGGUUGAACCAAAGCCAGAGAGAAGAGUUGGCAUUGAUAGAACAGGCUUACGAUAAUCCUCAUGAAUGUCUGUCGCGUAUAAAGCGAUUAUUGUUGACUCAACGUGCGUUCAAGGAGUCUGGCAUUGAGUUUUUCGAUACAUACGACAAGCUCAUUCCGUGCUACGACAUUGAACCCGUCGAGAAGAUCACCGAUGCUUACCUUGAUCAAUUCCUAUUCUUCGAAGCUGACAAGCGUGGUCUGUUCCCUGCAUGGAUUAAACCCGCUGAUACAGAGCCUCCUCCACUUCUCGUUUAUAAGUGGUGCCAGGGUAUCAACAACUUGAGCGAGAUUUGGGAGACAAGCGAGGGAGAGUGCAACGUCCUCAUGGAAACCGUCUUGUCGAAAGUGUACGAAAAGAUCGAUUUAACUCUUCUCAACCGACUCUUGCGUUUAAUUUUGGAUCACAAUCUGGCGGAUUAUAUUACAGCAAAGAACAAUACUGUCCUCACUUACAAGGAUAUGGCGCACACCAACGCGUAUGGUCUCAUUCGUGGUCUCCAAUUCUCGGCAUUUGUCUUCCAAUAUUACGGUCUCGUUCUCGACUUGCUCAUCCUCGGCUUGCAACGUGCCAGCGAGAUGGCAGGCCCGCCCCAGCUCCCCAACAACUUCUUACAGUUCCGAGACAGUGCCACUGAAACUCGCCAUCCCAUCCGCCUGUACUCCCGUUACGUCGACCGUAUUCAUAUCCUCUUCCGUUUCACAGCCGAUGAGGCACGCGAUCUUAUCCAACGCUACCUCAGCGCUAAUCCCGACCCGACGAACAAUAACGUUAUUGGGUACAACAACAAGCGAUGCUGGCCGCGUGAUUGCCGUAUGCGUCUGAUCAAGCACGACGUUAACCUCGGUCGAGCGGUCUUCUGGAACGUGAAGCAGAGUUUGCCCAGGUCUCUGACGACAAUCGAGUGGGAUGACACCUUUGUGAGCGUCUACUCCAAGGAUAACCCACAACUCCUUUUCUCGAUGUGCGGAUUCGAAAUUCGUAUCCUACCUAAGAUUCGCACAAUGAGUGGAGAGCAAUUCUCACUAAAGGACGGUGUUUGGAACCUGACAAACGAGCAAACGAAGGAGAGGACAGCUCAAGCGUUCUUACGUGUCUCUGAUGAGGGUAUCCAACAAUUCAAUAAUCGUAUUCGUCAAGUGCUCAUGAGUUCUGGUUCAACUACAUUCUCAAAGAUUGUCAACAAGUGGAACACGGCGAUUAUUGGCCUCAUGACCUACUAUCGCGAGGCCGUCGUUCACACCAACGAGUUGCUGGACGCGCUUGUCAAGGCCGAAAACAAGAUUCAGACCCGCGUCAAGAUUGGGCUCAACUCCAAGAUGCCUUCCCGUUUCCCCCCCGUCGUUUUCUACACUCCCAAAGAACUCGGUGGUUUGGGUAUGUUGUCUAUGGGUCACGUCUUGAUCCCACAAAGCGACUUGAGGUGGUCGAAGCAAACCGAUGUAGCCGUUUCUCACUUCCGCGCCGGUAUGACCCACGAAGAGGAUCAGCUCAUUCCCAAUCUAUAUCGGUAUCUCCAACCAUGGGAGGCUGAAUUCAUGGACUCUGCGCGCGUCUGGUCCGAAUACUCGAUGAAGCGCAAAGAAGCCAAUGCUCAGAACCGCAGGUUGACACUUGAAGAUCUGGAAGACAGUUGGGACCGUGGUAUUCCUCGUAUCAACACCUUGUUCCAAAAGGACCGUCAUACUCUCGCGUACGACAAGGGCUGGCGCGUACGAACCGAUUGGAAACAGUACCAGCUAUUGAAGCACAAUCCCUUCUGGUGGACAUCGCAACGCCACGACGGAAAGCUCUGGCAAUUGAAUAACUACCGUGUCGACGUUAUCGCUGCUCUCGGAGGUGUCGAAGGUAUCCUUGAGCACACUCUAUUCAAGGGAACGUACUUCCCAACUUGGGAGGGUUUGUUCUGGGAGAAAGCAUCUGGUUUCGAAGAGUCGAUGCGCUACAAGAAGCUCACGAACGCCCAGCGAUCUGGUCUUAACCAAAUCCCGAAUCGUCGCUUCACGCUCUGGUGGUCGCCCACGAUUAAUCGCGCAAACGUCUACGUUGGUUUCCAAGUGCAACUCGAUUUGACUGGUAUUUUCAUGCACGGAAAAAUUCCAACUCUCAAGAUCAGCUUGAUCCAGAUCUUCCGUGCCCACUUGUGGCAGAAGAUUCACGAGUCUGUCAUCAUGGACUUGUGUCAGGUAUUCGACCAAGAGCUUGAAGCUUUGCAAAUAGAGACCGUACAGAAGGAAACGAUCCAUCCUCGCAAGUCCUACAAGAUGAAUUCGUCCUGCGCCGACAUCCUCCUCUUCUCGUCGUAUAAAUGGAACAUCUCACGCCCCUCGAUUGUCACUGAUUCCAAGGAUGUUCUCGACGGCACAACCAGCAACAAAUACUGGGUUGAUGUUCAGCUUAGGUGGGGUGACUUCGAUACACACGACAUCGAGCGUUAUGUUCGCUCCAAGUUCUUGGACUACGUGUCAGAUUCAAUGUCGAUCUACCCUUCGCCCACUGGUGUCAUGAUUGGCAUGGACUUGGCAUACAACUUGUGGUCCGCGUACGGCAAUUGGUUCCCUGGCAUGAAACCUUUGAUCCAACAGGCGAUGAGCAAGAUUAUGAAGGCUAAUCCGGCACUUCACGUCUUGCGCGAGCGUAUCCGCAAGGGUCUACAACUCUAUUCGUCCGAACCCACCGAGCCUUACCUUAACAGCCAAAACUACUCCGAACUCUUCUCCAACCAGAUUAUUUGGUUCGUCGACGACACAAACGUCUACCGGGUCACCAUCCACAAAACGUUCGAGGGUAACUUGACCACCAAGCCUAUCAACGGCGCCAUCUUCAUUUUCAAUCCUCGCUCCGGUCAACUCUUUUUGAAGAUUAUUCACACUAGUGUUUGGGCCGGACAAAAACGUCUCGGCCAGCUUGCAAAAUGGAAGACUGCCGAAGAAGUUGCCGCCCUUGUUCGUUCCCUGCCCGUUGAAGAACAGCCCAAACAAGUUAUCGUUACUCGUAAGGGCAUGUUGGAUCCUCUCGAAGUGCACUUGCUCGACUUCCCGAACAUCGUUAUCAAGGGUAGUGAGCUUCAGUUGCCGUUCCAAGCGUGCAUGAAGAUGGAGAAGUUUGGUGAUUUGAUCUUGAGAGCGACCCAACCUCAGAUGGUGCUUUUCAGUCUUUAUGAUGAUUGGCUCAAGUCGAUUUCGAGUUACACCGCGUUCUCUCGCCUCAUCCUUCUGCUCCGUGGUCUUCACGUCAACAACGAGAAAGCGAAGGUUAUCCUCCGCCCCGACAAGAGCACCGUUACCGAACCACACUUUGUCUGGCCGACACUUACCGACGACGAAUGGAUCAAGGUUGAAGUUGCCCUGCGCGAUCUCAUUCUAGCGGACUUUGGUAAACGCAACAGCGUGAACAUUGCUUCCCUCACCGCGAGUGAAAUCCGUGAUAUUAUCCUUGGUCAAGAGAUUGCAGCACCCUCAAUUCAGCGUCAGCAAAUGGCCGAGCUCGAGAAAUCGACCGAGGCGCAAGGACAGGUCACUGCCGUACAAACUCAGACGACCAACAUUCAUGGAGACACUCUUCAAGUUGUCACAACCACCAAUUAUGAACAACAAGUAUUCAGCUCCAAGUCUGACUGGCGCGUUCGUGCGAUUUCGGCGACUCACCUUCCUCUGCGGUUGCAGCACAUUUAUGUAUCGAAUGACGAUGUUAAAGAUGAUGCGGCUAGCUACACUUAUGUCUUGCCCAAGAACGUGCUCCGGGCGUUUAUCACGAAUGCCGACUUGAGGACCCAGGUUGCUGCGUUCUUGUAUGGCUCGAGCCCUGCAGAUAACAAGCAGGUCAAGGAGAUCAAGGCUGUCGUCUGGGUUCCCCAACGGGGAAAUAACAACUCAGUUGAACUUCCGGCCCAACAUCCCAAGCACGAAUUCCUACUUAAAGACCUUGAACCUCUUGGGUGGAUCAAGACCCAAGGCCUAGAUAUCUCUCACCUUUCUCCUACCGAUGUAACCACUCAAGCAAAGAUUAUGGCGGACCACCCUGAAUGGAGCAGCCACUCGAUUUGCCUGAGCUGCUCAUUUACGCCUGGUAGUAUUAGUCUCAGCGCUCACCAGUUGACGGUGGCUGGGUUCGAGUGGGGAAGGAAGAAUCAAGACUCGGGUGUUAAUCCUCAGGGCUUUAAUCCUAAUAUGUCUGAGCGCGUCCAAUUGUUGUUGUCCGAUCGCAUUCUGGGUAUGACACUCACCCCCGAAGGACGAGUAUGGAACUACGGUGUUGGCCUUGCGCAAAUGUGGACCGCCAAUCUUCCAUAUCACGUUGUGCUUGACACGCCUUUACCAUUCUGGGCUGAGCAGCACAGACCGAAUGCAUUCCUUUCAUUUGCAAACUUGGAAACGGGUGACGACAGUGCUGACGUGGAAAACAGCUUUGCUUAG